AUGACGGCGUCCGACGAGGAGGAUGAGGAAGAGGAAGAACUGCCCACCCUGCUCAUCAGUCGUGCUGAGCUUGUGGAAUCGAGCUACUCAGAGCUGCUGCCAGUGCCCUCAAAGCACCUGACUAGGCAAGCCAGCGGUGCAGGGGCCUGGGAGCUGCUUGGUGGCUGCGAGCUGUUCCAGCCAGACCUGGGCCUCUUCAUCCGCUGCGGCAGCAACCCGCUGGCGCUGCUGCCCAACCCAGCUGCCUCGGUGCAACCCAAUCACCUGCAGUACCUUCGGGUGGCAGGUCGGGUGAUGGGCAUGGCACUGCUCCACGGCGUGCCGCUGGGCUUCCAUCUGGGCAAAGCUUUUUACGCUGGCCUUGCAGGCAGCCUGCACAACUUGUCAGAGUUGAACUUCCUGCUGCAGUGCCAGCAGGAGCUGCACAGCACACUGCGCGGCAUCCUGGAUGCUCCAGCCGACUCAGUGAGCAGCAUGUGCCUGACAUUCCGCAUCACAUGCGACCGGCUGGGGGAGGCGGUGGAGGUGGCUCUGGGAGGCAAGCCUGACAAGGCGGUCACCGCCGCCAACCGCGGGCAGUACGUCAGGCUGGCCCUCCUGUACUUGCUGAGCCAGCGCACAGCGCAGGAGGUGGCCGCCUUCCGGACAGGCCUGGAAGAUGUGCUGCAGCUUUCCCCGACGCGCAUGUUCUCGUGUGCGGCCCUGAACGCCUACAUCGCCGGGGCCGCCGACACCGGGUCGGCGGAGGAGUGGCGCCAGCACACGCGCUGUGUUGGCUGGCCUGGGUGGCGCGGGGCUGGCGCUGUGGGGCAGGACAGCAUGGCGGUGGAUGGAGGCGGGGAGGAGCCUCAGGCCCUGAAGUGGUUCUGGGUGCUGCUGGCACACAUCAGCGAGGCGCAGCGCCUCGCGCUGCUGCGCUUCUGGACGUCCCUGCCCUCGCUCCCCUUGGGAGGGUUUUCCGCGCUGCCGCGGCGGCUGGCCAUCGUGCGAGCUGACCACGCGACCCAGCGGUUCCCCCAGGCGCAUACCUGCUUCUACCAGCUGGUGCUGCCCGAGUAUCCCGACAUCCUCAGCAUGGCAGCGUGCCCUGCUGCUUCCAUGGACCGCAGCGGGCCUGCACGAGGCAAUCGCUUCCGCCGAGGGCUUUGGCAUGGCGUGAGCGCGCAGGAAGAGGAGCAGCAGGCCUGGUAG